UUAUUAAUCUAUAAGUGACGGUUGGACACGUCAUCCUCCAACAUUUCUUUGGAGUGGGUGGCUACGACCGAGUGAACGUGUUCAUUGUCAUUCCCCUUCUUCCUUUAACCGAAUUCCAGGUUUCCCUUCUGUACUGCUCACCCUAUUUUUUCCUCUCACCAUUGAACUACCUCCACUUUUAUUGGGAGCUCAAAAUUUUUUCAUCAAUUUUUGCUUGUAGACCAUUUCAAUUUUUAAUUCCUUGAUCAAUUUCAAUGACUAUGCUUCGAAGAGCGUUUCCAGCUAUUAAUCGUCUCUUUCAUUCUAAAAUUGCUUCCCCCAAUUACAAUUCAUAUACUUCGCCAAUCGCUGCUACUUUUACAAUCAAGAAAGCUCAAUUGGUUCCUACCACGUUUCGAUUUUAUUCCGGUGAUGUUGAUUUUUCUGAUGCGGAAUUUAGAAGACGUACAUUGAACAGGUUGCUGUAUAGAAGUAAACAACGUGGGUUUUUGGAGUUGGAUUUGGUUUUGGGUAAUUGGGUUGAAGAAAAUAUUCAUUCCAUGGACGAAAGAGAAAUUGAAGCUCUUAUUCAAGUGCUUGAUCUGGAAAACCCUGAUCUGUGGAGGUGGCUCAGUGGUCAAGAAGAACCACCCCAGUCCCUCAGUGUGAAUCCGGUCUUCACUGCUGUUCGCAAGAAGGUUGCAAGCAAUCUAGAGAACCAUGCGGCUCCAGAGACACGAGCACCCCCAGGACAACCAUGGGUUAGAGGAUGGGAUGACAUUAAGAGAGGCAAAGACAGUCCUAUAUCUGGAAAUCAGUAGUUCUAAUGCAAAGAAAUUCUCACAUCUGCUUUAAUAUUCACACAGUAAAAUAAGUUUGUAUGUCUCAUUUUCUGUUACUUGAAUAUGAUCUUGACAAGAUAUUGAACUUCUAGUCCUUGCCAUACAGGGCAAGAGCCGCAAGACAGUGCACACUGCACAAUGGUUGAAUUCCAGAGAAUAAUAUACAAUCAGAAGUUAGUAUUAGUAUUAGCUAGCUUGAUAGCAUGCCAAUGAGUAAUGCGUGUGCUAAUUUAUGGUCUAGUUGAUCUUAAUUUCAUCUGUCCGUUCAGAAUGGAUAGUAUGGUAUUACUUAUCAAUUAUGAUUGACUUGUGUGCCACUGCAAAGUUGGGUGGGAAUUGCAGGUUCUGCUGACUGUUGCUGCCCAUCCCAUUCUUAUGUGGCUCUCCAGUGUCCAUGCCCAUGGAUACGGUUUCAUCAUA